CAGUACGCGAUGACACCUAGGGAUUUAGUUGAUAGGAGCCGCAACGUGAUAACUUUUUAGUUUAGUUUUUUGUUUAGUUUUGUAUUUCUUGUAACUAAUUUAUGCUUCUUUUUAUCAAGUGGAAGUCUGUGGACCAGGCGUGGUUUUGAUGACAUGUCUCUGAGUGUGAGGAGUCUGUUGGAGCAGGGAGAAGAAGACACGCUCCAGGACAACACCAUAAAGCUAGAAUGAAAAGACAAUGUUCUCAGUACACACAUAGAUUGAGACACAGGUGCCUGCUGAUUUUGAUGUGUCUUCUGGCUGUUUGUUUACUGAAGCUGGUCUACAUCAAAGUGACCCUGACGGUCAGUAUCUUUAUUGAUCCUUAUGGAAUCACCGUCGACACACCCAGGCUUCACAACAAGUACAACAUCAACUGCACCGCCAUAUAUGAGCUGGACCCUGUAGAAGUCGGCAAAGCCCUGGAGAUUAGGCGUAAAGCAAUCGUAGACGUGGACGACAAGCGCAUCGAGAGUUUAACUUCAGACUGUCACACUUUUAUUAAGAGCAGAGCUUAUGAUGAUAUUCCAGUGACAGAAGCAGAGCGGAGCUUCCCGUUGGCUUACUCCUUGGUGGUUCACAAAAGUGCACCCAUGGUGGAGCGCAUCCUUCAUGCCAUCUAUGCGCCUCACAACAUAUACUGCCUUCACUAUGAUCAGAAGUCAUCUCCAUCCUUCAUUAGGACCAUGAAAAACUUGGCGCGCUGUAUUCCCAAUGUCUUCAUCACCUCUAAACUGGAGUCUGUAGAAUAUGCCCACAUCACUAGGCUUUACGCUGACCUCAAUUGCCUCUCUGACCUGCUGAAGUCAGAGGUCAAGUGGAAGUAUGUUAUCAACAUGUGUGGCCAGGACUUCCCUCUGAAGUCAAACUCGGAGUUAGUGACGGAGUUAACACGACUGAAUGGCAGUAACAUGCUGGAGACCAGUCGACCCACUGAACUCAAGAAACAACGCUUCCUCUUCCAGCACCAGCUGAGAAACGUGCCCUACGAGUACAAUCGCAUUCCAGUCAAGACCUCCGUGGCUAAAGCGGGUCCUCCUCAUGGUUUGGAGAUGUUCAUUGGCAGUGCAUAUUUCGUCCUGUCUCGGGACUUUGUGAAUUACAUCAGCAGCAGCCUAGUCGCCAGGGACCUUCUGCUGUGGUCUGUUGACACAUACUCUCCAGAUGAACACUUUUGGGCCACACUGGUCAGGUUGCCUGGGGUACCAGGUCAUAUCCCAAGGUCAGACCCAGAUAUAACAGAUCUGACCAGUAAGACACGGCUUGUGAAGUGGAACUACUUAGAAGGGAAGCUUUAUCCCGCGUGCACAGGAACACACAUGCGCAGUGUUUGUAUCUAUGGAGCUGCUGAACUUCGCUGGCUCCUCAACUACGGCCACUGGUUUGCAAACAAAUUUGACCCAAAAGUGGACCCUAUCCUGAUCGGAUGUUUGGAAGAGAAGCUAUUUGAAAAACAACAAUCCAACGCAAUAUCAUAACAAGGCUACGUCCGUUCAUAAACGUUUUCAUUCAACCUUAGGUUUCCAUUGUUUUUUUGGCUGACAUGGAAUUUGUACAAAUUGAUUAAAAGGUGAAAUAAAGCAGUGUAUUGACUAAGGUUGACUUCCUAAUUUAUAUUUUUAAUCUUAAAUAUGGUAAAAUAAUUUUAUUCCAUACCCCGUUAAGUCUGUGUACCUGGUGUCAUCUGUCUGUCAGUUUAUUUGGUGUCCAUAGAUAAUUUUUUAUUAUUUAUACCAUUAUUUUUGAACCAACAGCCUGAUCUGAAAUACAUAUUAAAGUGUUGUUCUAAAUCAACAUCAACCUUUGUGUUUUAAUGACAUUAUACAAGUAGUUUUACAAAAUAUAUUUUACAAACUAUCAAGGCUAAAUGUUACACACUACGAUAAAAAGUGCUAUUUAUUAUGUCAGUAGACACAAGUUGAAAUAUUUUAGUACAUUUUACAAUCUGUUUUUUUUUUUUUCAAAAUACAUUCUUGAUUAGUUAUUGUAUUUGCCAACUUUAAUGUUGUGUGGAUACAUUUUUAACUUACCAUUCUAUCGUUGAUUUCUACUACAACUGCACAUUGUGUUCUUUGGUAUCUUCUGCAGUUUCACUGUCUUUGCUGUUUGGACUUGGCCUGGUCUUUCUCUUCUGAAGGACAAAGGUUUAAAAGUACAUGAACACUUAUAAUCUCUCAUUUCUCUUUGUUUAUCUUAAGAAGAUAAACAACUUCUUAACAGUAACAUGACCUGCAACAUGUGGCCUAGUGACAGGAUCAGAUCUGUAGGGCUCGAGAGAUUAUUGCUCCAUUUAUUUAAACAAAAAAUGACUCUCUUCCCCCAGGCCCAUCAUUUAGAGUUAUAUAUGGAAAACAAACACACAAAAACUAACAAAAACCUGUCCUCUUACCUUAGUUUCAAACUGUCUAUUUGGUUUAUGUCUAUUAGGCCCAACUAGUUCUCCACCUGGGUAAAUUAUGUGACUUAUUACAUAUGUGCCCAUGAACAGUAAAAGCCUUUCAUCUAGACAGUCUAAAUAUCAUACAAACAAACUGUGUCAAAUAUCUGCCAACAAACCAUCCUAAAACUAUAUCAAUUUGCUGCUAGUUUUGAAAAAUUACCACAUUUAUGCUGCGCUCCAUUAAUUGACGGCAAUCAAUCCCUACUGUUAAUGAACUAAAUGUACAGUCGAUAUGCAUCGUGUUAAACCUUUCUAAACGACUAUUCACCAAUUAUUUCCUACUGUAAACACUGCAGCCCGGGUUGUUGAUGAGUAGUGGUCCAACUGGCUGAAACUAGACCUGGUCAUUGUUAAUAGAGAGGUAAUGUGAGACAAGGAUGUAGUAGUGUUGGAGCAGGAGCAGAUGCACCUGCAGGAGCAGGUGGUCACAGGAUGCACAGCAUCCACUUUCUGUAUGUUUGGCUGAAGUCGCCUAUUGCAGAAGGUCUUAAAGGAACACAGUAGAGUGUCAAAUGACUCAAGCACUUCAGUGUUAUUAUGAUGUACAGCUAUGGAAACUGAAGCACUCAAAUAGACUUUGACAUUUUUCAUGCUUGUUAUAAACAAAGUAUGAUGUAAAAGAAUACUAAUACUGAAAUACCGAAUGGUCUCAGUAGGAAACAAGAAAGCCCAGUUCCCAGUUAUAUUACUUCUUAAGAUUCCAGGCCAAAGAUGCCAGUGGAAUGAUACAUGUUCUUAGCUUAAGUUUUUUUGGCAAACAUAGAGUAAUGUUUAGGCUGUAUUUUUUACAUUUUAUUUUGAUACUUCACUUCUAACGCUGCCUAUUUUUGCUAUUUGCAGAUGGUGUUGCCAAGUAUUGUUAAGCUAAUUUUGACCAAACCUGAAAAGUUUGGCUAUUCAGUGAUUCAUUUUAUCAUACAAUUUCACUCAGUUGGCCUGAAAACUGUUCACUUACUGAUAAUAAUUUGUCUUGAUUUCAUGAAAUUGAAAGUGUGAACCUCCAAAAAUCCACACAUAUUGGCUGUAUACAUUUAGCCUUUCAGCAGUAUGAUCACCACAGUAAACUUUUGCCAUUUCUUGCCCCAGGUCAUGUCAUUGUGUUACUUGUCCUUAUGAAAACCUAGUUAAACAUUUUAUGAGCAACAAAGGUGUAGCUGUACAUUACACAGCUUCAAACCUUUUAUCAGGUUUUUCACAUCCAGUCCCACACAUUUCUGACCCUUCAGUCCUUCCUCAAAAUGUCCUUAGUUUGUAAUUAGCCCAGGCUUCCAUGGCUGAAAGAACCACAGGGUCUAGAAAUUCAACACAGGUAUCACCAAGUUGGAUAUAGUGACUGCACUCUUGGUUCACUUCUCCUGAAUAUUUCCUGCUCCUCACAAUCAACUCAAUUCAUGGCUGCACUGCAGGGCAGGCGAGGUUAGAAAGGACAGGUGAAAUUUGAAUACGAAUCCUCUGCCCCUCCUCGCAUGUCUAUCCAUCCACAGGUAUACAAUGAACAAUAAGCUUCAUUCUUUUACUGAGGUUUGGUAUUUUGAACACAGUCCAAGUCAAGUGAUUUAUUUUUUCCUUACACCUUGCCACAUUAAGAGCUUUUCAAAGAGGUUUGGCUGACUGCAUAAACACACAAGUUCCAUGUGUUCAGUGUUUCUUACAUUUUUUCUAACAUCAAUGGAAUUGAAAACCCAAUAGACGAUUGGUUAAAUAAAACGUUUGGAAAAUGGAAAACGAUAAUAAUCUCUAUAUUCACCACAUUGAUUAUUGUGAUUGCACUGUUUGCUUUCUGUGGAUGUUGUUGUAUAAGAAACAUGGCAGAACGAGUCCUUGAGAACGCAGUCGCAGCUUUCAUCUUUGAAACCGACUAUCAAAGACUAACAGGACAAGACCCAGACCACAAUGGUCCUGAUGGUGACGCGAAGAUUGUUGACACUCGUGUACGAUUCCAAUGUUGAAAAUCUGUUCGAAGUGACAUUGUGAUGACAAACUUGUGAUGUGUUAACUUUGAUAAACAGGAGGGAAAUGUAAAUUGAAUUUAUAGUUAGUGUGGUGAACCAUAAUCUGUUAUCUAAGUGUGUUAAAUAAUGGUCUACUUGACAGGAGUAGGUACUCCUAAAAGGUUUUU